AAGAGGGGGGGCUUGCUCAGCCAAAAAUCGUUUUAUUUUAUGUUUGCUUAUGUGUGCCACUUUGGUACUGUGAUCUUUGGACUUGAUUUCGUGUUUUUCGAGUCGGUUCGCUGCGGUGAGGAUUAUAACGUUAGAUCGCCAACGGUUCAUCGUCGCUAGGCUCAGUCCGUGGGCCGGUAGUUGAAAUUUAUGAGUUCCGACUCGAAGGUUUUUCCUUGGGAGGGGACACCCAGGGGAUGUCUGAGGAGGCUGUCCGCCAGACACGCAGCCAGAAGAGGGCGCUGGAGAGGGAAGCUCCUCCUCCUGCCACAGAGCCCUCUGCCGCUGACAAUGAAAGCAAGAAGCCUAGAAUGGACCAGCCUGAACCCACAACUCAGACGCAAACUAAAGCUAAGUCUGAGCCCAGACUGGCACAUGAAGGCCAGACUAGAGUUGGAUCUGAAAACGAGACAGAGCAGGAGCAAGACCAGAGCCGGCUGCCGUUACCUUUAGUGUUACCCAUGGCCUCCCAAUCAGUGAAGGACGACUGGGAGCGGAGCCAGAGACAGAAAGCGGCCGAACCCAGCUUAGACAAUCGGACUGACCGUAAUGACAGGGCCAGCAGGGUGAGGACGGAGCCAGUGGUGGAUACAAGGAGCCGGGUCCGAUCGUCGGACCCAAAGGUGUCCAGUGGUAUGCUGGCUGCAGGCGAGGUGAAGGCCACCAUCAAACUGGAAGUUCAAACAGGAGAGCAACCAGUGGACAUGAGCACCUCCAGAGGCAGUAUAAAGAGGGAGAAGCGUCCCCCGUCCCCAGAUGAUGAUGUCAUCAUCUUAUCAGAUAACGACUCCCCCAGUCCGCCGAUGAACGGUUUGAGCCACUUUAAGGAGCUGGACACAGACCUGCUGAUGAAGAGCAGCCCAGCGGAGAGGGAGCGCAUCAUUAAGCAGCUGAAAGAGGAGCUGAGGCUGGAGGAGGCCAAGCUGGUGCUGCUGAAGAAACUCAGACAGAGCCAGAUCCAGAAGGACACUCUCCAGAAGCCCUCAAGUUUGUCUGGCUCUGCAGCCCCUCCUCCUCUGAUUCGGGGAACAAUUGCAGGCAACAAAGGCUCUCAGCAGAUUCUGACAGGCAGGAGUUCAGGCACAGUCAUCCCUCCUCCCCUGGUGCGAGGAGGGCAGCAAGUAUCUUCCAAACAUGGCUCCCAGAUCAUCAUGCCACCUCUGGUCCGAGGAGCACAGCCCAUCUCUGUGUCUCCACAGCAGAUCCAGGCCCUCCGCCAGCAGCAGCAGCAGCAGCAGCUGGCUGCCUCUGGGGGCUCAGGACCCCCUCCUCUGCUGUUGGCCCCCAGGGCCUCAGCACCUGGGGCCCAGGGCCAGAGAGGCAUGGUCCAGCCAGGCCUCAUCAGAGUUGGUAAUGUUGGCAAUACCAGCCUGCUGGUCAAUAUCUCACAGGCCUCGGCAUCCAACCUGAAGGGCUCCUCUAUGACCUCCCAGUCAGGCGGCAGCAGUGUGUCUGUGGUUAGUGUGAACGAUUCCCCAGCCAGCCGCCAGGCCGCGGCCAAACUGGCCUUGCGUAAACAACUGGAGAAGACCCUUCUGGAGAUCCCCCCACCAAAGCCUCCUGCCCCAGAGUUCAACUUCCUGCCUUCAGCAGCCAAUAAUGAGUUCAUCUACUUAGUGGGACUGGAAGAAGUGGUACAGAAUCUACUAGAUACCAUCCACAGAGGAAAGACAGGUAUGGCAUUGUCCAACCCAAUUAUCAGAGACCCCUUCAUCUGCACCCAGUGCAGCACUGACUUCACCUGCCGCUGGAGGCAGGACAAAGCUAAGGGUGGUUCAAUCCUCUGUGAGGACUGUAUGUCAUCCAAUCAGAAAAAGGCUUUGAAAGCCGAGCACACCAAUAGGCUGAAAGCUGCGUUUGUCAAAGCCCUGCAACAGGAGCAGGAAAUAGAGCAGCGCAUCCUCCAGCAGGCUGCUUCACCAGUCUCCCACAGCACCUCCUCGUCCUCCUCAUCCGUCUCGCCAUCACUGAAGGCAGAACAGCUGGUGUCUCAGCAGCUGAAGCAGGCUCAGGCCAGAGCAUCCUCCCUCCACCAUCACCAGCACAGCAGAGGACAGAACAUUGUUCAUCAUCACUCCACCAUCAAGCAGAGCUCCCAGGGUCAACUGUCCCAUGGCAGUGUUUCAUCAGUGGGGGUGAGGGGUGUCCCCCACUCCUUCUCCUCCUCUUCUCAGCUGCAGAGUGCAGUGGCGGCCGCAGCCUUGGUCAACCGGCCAGGUAAGCAUGUCCAUGUUUCCCGCCCCUCUGCCCAGAGUUCAAAGGUCAGCAGCAGUGGAAUCGGCGGCAGCAGGAAUGUCAGCGGAGGUAGUGCCUCAGCCACUGCAUGGAAGAAGCAGAGCAACACCAAUACAGGAGUGACCAUGGCCUAUGUGAACCCCAGCCUGUCAGGUCACAAGACCUCGUCCACCGUUGACGCCCGUCAGCGGGAGUACCUCCUGGACAUGAUCCCCUCUCGCUCAAUCUCCCAGACGGCGAACACAUGGAAAUAAUUCAAACAAUAUCUUACUGUUCAUUAUUAUCCAAGUUUUUGUCAAAUUUCCUCUGCUCCGAUAACAUGGUCAACAGCACCCCCUGGAGGGCCAUUAAGCAAAAGCAAUCCCUCAAAGCAACGAAACGUUCCUUCUUUACCUUCUUUGAUUUUUUUUUUUUUUUUCUUAUUUUCAAGUCUGUUGUUUAAUUUUGAGGAUCACUGGUCUUUGAUAAUUGUGCAAAAACCACCUGGUUUUAUUGGGGUAAAGAAAACACAAAUACAUCAAGGGCUUCCUAUGUGUUACUUUUGUUUUACACAGUGGCUGAAUAAAUGAUGGCUUGAAAGUGUCGCUGCACCGAGAGCUUAUGUCUACAUUGGGUCGUAUCUCAACCCCGAUGAAGGAAGUACUCGAUCUUUGGAGUGUAUAGGCCCUCCCUUCGAUGAUGUGGGUCAAAGUGACUCGACUUAGCUUAUGACAUUUGAAUUGUUGGCUUCAUGCUGAAGAGUUCAUAUUCAAAAUUCAUAUUCAUUAUAAGUUAAAAACAAAAUAACUGAGUUGUAAAGUUUUCAAUACAUAACCCCUGUAGUUAAAGGUUUGGAAUUUCUUUGUAUUUACUGUAAGUUAUUUGGUUUCUUUGACUGAUGUUAAAAAUCACCGUCAAUAUAUUGUGGGUUCCACAAAUAAACAGUUUAUUCUAGCUUCAUUGUUUUUUCCCGUCUGUUUAACAGAGCAUGCCUACCCUUAAUCUUUCUCAGUUCAUUGUGCACCUUAGCUGAAGGAGCAUGGUCUUAUUUCUUUCCUCACCUGUAAUUACCAUCUGUAUUUUGCUUAUUUUAUAUUAAUGUCAACAUUGUAAGAUUAUUUUGAGUGUUAAACCACCGCUGAGAAAAAUGCAAACCCUGCAGGAGCUGCAUCUGACACACUGGAACCAGAGAUCGUACAUCUGAUUUAUUCAACCAUAAUCCUUACGACAGGAGCGGCAAUGCCUGCCCUGAACCAGUUUGUAAGGAGCGACUUCUCCCAGCUUCCCAGUUCCUGAACUACACACCAACAUCUUGUAUGCUGUACCCCUCACUGUAUUGCAUAAUUUCUCUGCUUCCCAAACUUUAAUGCAUUGUACAAACUUAUGUUACAGUUUAUUUGGUUUACUUUUUUCCUAGAUCCUGAAGAAAUAAUAAAAAUAUAAAUAAUUUUAA